AAUGAUGGGGGUGUCACUGUCGUGUAGAAGAAUCUGAAUUUGUGUUCACCGUGAUAUUUGAGAUGUUUAAAAUAGUAUUUAGAAGUUAAAGUGUGCUAUACUACUGCAUGAUUAAGCUCAUAUAAAAUGGCUACCCAGCCUAAUGAUUAUACCGAAUUCCCUACGGAGAUCAUUCUGAAACCUCUGGCCCUGAUAGGACUAUCUGGACUUGAUGCAGUUAACAAUGCCGUUCACAAAGAAAUCUGGGACGCAUUCGCGAAUAACCGACGCGCUGAUCGCACGCCUGUGAGAUUCAAAUUACUUAACAAUACGUUUGAGUUUCCAGUGGUAAAGCCUAAGAGAAAUUCAUACGAAUGGUACAUACCUAAAGGCAUACUAAAAAAAAACUGGAUACACAAGCGUGUGUCGCUAAUACCCGCUGUCAUAGUCAUUUUCUAUGAUAUGGAUUGGAAUGAUACACAGUGGAAUGAGAAAAUUAUAGAAUGUGCAUCCAAAGUCCAGUCUAUCCGUGCUGCAGUAGAGGGACAUGCUACUCGUGUGGCUGUAGUAGUCAUACAAAGUCGGCAAUCUCCUCCUCCUUCUGAGUACAUGCUUGGAGCCGAGCGUGCCCAGGCACUUUGUGCUGCUUGUGAGAUCCAGUCUAAAUCCUUGUUUGUGCUUCCUCAUGGUGAUCACUUAAUGGGUUAUAUAGUCCGGUUAGAAAAUGCAUUUUAUGAUAUUGCACAAAAUUAUUACCACCAUGAAGCAAAAAACAUUAAGCAGCACAGAGACCACCUCAAUAAAACAACACAUCAGUAUCUCUUUGUCAGACAUCAGUUCAAACUGGGCUAUCUGAAUGAGUUGAAGCAGGACAUCAAUACUGCACAUAAGCAUUAUGUUCAUGCUUACAACAACCUGCUGGAAACAAGAACAGUAGAUACAAACCUGCAUGAAGUUAGAACAGUUGCUGGCUAUAUUAACUACAAACUGUGCAAGAUACUUUUUGCAUUGAAUUUGCCAAGAGAUGCAAUUUCACAAUUAAAAUCUCACAUUGAGAAAUACAAAAGUAGAGUUGGUUCUACUGACCUACUGUUUGAACAUUAUGCGUGGCUAGCUAGACAGUACAGUGCCUUUGGAGAACUUUUUGAUGAAGCUAUCAGGGCUGGUCUACCAGCCAUUCAAUCUCAGCAUCCUGGGUUUUACUACCAGCAUGCAGCUCAGUUUACUGUAAAAAGAAGACAGGCUAUGCGCUCUCUUUGUGCUGAAGCAUUACAGUAUCCACCUGCUCCAGAUCCUCUAGAUGGUAUUCUAGAAUAUUAUGGUCAGCGACCUUGGAGACCUGGUCGUUUAAGUGCAGAUCCUCAUGACCCUCAAAAAGAACAGGCAGCUAUCUUAGCUCUACAAUACAAUGAAAGGAUAUUCAAUCAUUCUACAAUCAUCAUCAGCUUCCUUGGCAGUGCUAUCUCACAGUUUAAGUCAUUUCACUCUCCUAGAAUGAGGAAGCAACUAGUAGUUGAAAUGGCAAAUGAAUAUUUUUAUUCUGCUGACUAUGGGAAAGCACUAACUUUGCUGACUCACAUGUUGUGGGAUUACAGGAGAGAAAAAUGGUGGUAUUUAGCUUCACAUGUCUUGAACAGAGCUCUGCAGUGUGCAUACCUUGCAGCAAAAAUACAAGACUAUUUACAGCUGUCAAUUGAAGCACUCUCUAAAAAUAUCCAGGUGCCAAACAAUGAUAAAGAUAGGAUAUUCAGAAAUAUAAUGUCUGUUAUACAUUUAAACAUUCCAGCUCCUGAACCCGACCUGCCAUCCUCUUCUCAAAGCAAAGCUGUGGAAUUGUGGCAGUCCAUGAUCGAAAAAGAACCUUUGCAGGUUGCUGUGGAUAUGGCCAACAUCUCCAGUUUUUUGGAAAUCAAACCUAAAUUCAAACAGAUGAAAUAUAGAAUGGAUGAGUUAAUUGAAGUGGAACUGUAUGUUAGGCUAACAUAUCCAGCUGUCCUAGAAGUAAAGAAGGUGUAUUUGACAAUAUCUAGUCAAUCUGAGACUAUUGAGAUCCCAGUAGAUGAUGAUAUUAAUCAGACCAUAACAUUAGAAGGGGGCAAAGUGAAAAGGUUUUUGUGUCAGUUCAAACCUAAUCCCAAGGAUGUUGGAUCGGAUUUACAGAUAAAAUGUGUAUCUUUUGUUCUUGAUUCUGAAAGGAAAAGAAAAAUUAUAUUGAAUUUUAAAACUGAUGACAAGAAGUCAGAGUUAAUUAUACAUCCAGAAUUGUUACACUUCAUCAUGAGCCCUAAAUCUGACUAUGAAUUUGAUUGCAUUGUGCCUUUGAGAGUAGCUUCAGUAACAUCAAGAGAAUGUAAAUGGUCCAUUGAAGUUACAAAUUGUAGUCCUGCUCUACAGGGAGAAUGGUUUCCAACCACUUUCACAGUAACAAACAAUGAGGAAAUUGCUGUAUCUAGUACACAGAUAGCAUUAUCUUUAUUAAGUUCACCUGAAAAUCCUAACCCUGAGUCAGUAACAGAUUUAAGUUUGAAAGAAGGUGAAGCUCAGUUACAACCUUUACAUAUUUCUGUGGGAAAUGUUAACAGAUCAGGAACUCACACUAAUACAUUCUACUUAAAAACAAACAGAACAGCCACAAUAACAGUUCAAAUUAGAAUAUCAUACAUCAUAGAUCUUCCUGCAAUCAAGAAACUAGAGUGCAUGAAGGAUUUUACAUGUAAAAUAACUGUCAUCAAACCUUUUGAAGUAACCAGUGCAUUUGUUAGUACAGACUUUAGUCCUAUUUCUAAAUGCUUUGUUGAUGACCCCUUUAUUGUCAUGCCACAAAUUAAAAUUUUAAGUCCUUGGGAUCUUUUAAUAAUUGACACAGAAUUAGAGGUAGUCGAUUCAUUUAAAAAUACAGACAAAACUAAGCCUAUAUCCUGCAUCAGAAAUCUAGAAGUGGCAGAGAAAAACAUAGCUUCAGAUGCAAUUUGUAUUCAAGCUAAAUACAAUCCUAAAGAUAAUCCAACUCGAGUUGGUUUGUACAAUAUAACUUGGCGACGGAAAUCUAAUCUUAAUGGGCUCUGUGUGAUGAGCAGCACUGCUUUAUCAGGACUGCCUAUAGAUCAGUGUCCUGUAUCAGUGAAAGUAGACUACCCUGCUGUAAUAGAACUACUAACAUCAGUCCCACUCAAAUGUAUUUUAAAAGGAAACACAAACACUCCAAUAAGACUCAGUCUUGUAGUGAAAUGGACAGAUGACUAUAUAUUUUCUGGAUACAAGAAACUAUCAGUAACGGUCCCACCCAAGGGACAAGUAGAGCUAAAAUAUAAUAUCCGUCCCUUAUUUGCUGGUAACACAAUGCCCCCUAGAAUUACUGCAACAGUCAUAGGUGAUAAUUCAAGUCAGGAUGCAGUCAGUGAAAUGUUUGAAAAAGCUUUCCCUGAAACUAUUUUCGUUGUGCCUAAGUACAAUAAUUAAAUGAGAAUGUAAAUUGCAAUUACAAUGUUGAGUUAAUAACUGUAUAUAAUAGAACAAAUCUUUAGAUCUAAUAAAGUUACCCUGUAAUUAAAAAUAAAUAAAU